AUGGCCGCAGUUCAAGACCUGGCCGAGCGCGUCAAGGACGCCGUUGUCGGCGGUGAAACCGUCUACAUUGACACUGACGCUGGCGCCGACGACGAGACUGCCGAUGGCACCGAGGCCAAGCCUUACAAGUCUCUCCCCCACGCCUAUAUUCAGAACAUUGACAAGCCCACACCGAAAUACCAGAUCCGCGCCUCGGUGACUGGUCCCGUGGCCGAGGGUGAGGACCCCUCUGUGCGCCUGCAGUGGAAGGACCCCGCCAAGAGCGCCGUCAAAAAGGCCGACAGUGCCGUGACUGCGCACAAGAAGAAGCUCCAGAAGCAGGCGCAGGCCGCUGCCGAGGAGGAGAAGCAAAAGCAGGCCCGUCUGGCCAACCUCGAGGAGGCCAAGAAGAUUGUCCUCAAGGAGGACUCGUCUCUGCCUAAGGCUGUCAAGAUCAAAAUUGGCCGCAAGGAUAUUGAGUUGGGUGAGGGCGACAAGAAGGGCACAAGAGUCAAGGUGCUCGGUCGCAUCCACCGUUUGAGAGCGCAGAAGCAGGCUACCUUUAUUACCCUGGUGGACGGAUACGGCCACCUGCAGUGUGUUCUCCAGGCCGGCGACCUGACCAAGACCUAUGAUGCUCUGACCUUUGCUCAGGGUACUUCCCUGGCUCUGUACGGUGAGAUGCGCAAGCUGCCCGAGGGAGCCACCGCCCCCGAUGGAAGAGAGUUGCUCGUCGACUACUACGAGGUUUUGGGUGCUUCGCCCAGCGACCAAGAUGCCAUUACCAACCGGGUGUCGUCGCAGCAGAACCAGUGGGACCCGCAAAUGCUGGAUCAGCGCCACCUCGUGCUGCGUGGAGACAAUGCUUCUUCUCUCAUGAAGAUCAGAGCUGCCGUCGAGCGUGCUUUCCAAAAGGUCUACGACGACCUCGAGCUGACCAAGGUCUCGCCUCCUGCUCUUGUCCAGACUCAGGUCGAGGGUGGUGCUACUCUUUUCAGCGCCCCUUACUACGACGAGACUGCCUACCUCACUCAGUCGUCUCAGCUCUACCUCGAGACUGUGCUGCCCAGUCUGGGAGACGUCUACUGUAUCGAAAAGUCUUUCCGUGCCGAGAAGUCAUUGACUCGUCGCCACUUGUCCGAGUACACCCACGUCGAGGCUGAGCUGGACUACAUAGAGUUUACCGACCUCCUUGACCACUUGGAGGAGGUCAUUUGCCGCGUCAUUGAUAUAGUGCUCGACAACCCCACCAUUGCCGGUUACCUCAAGGAGCUCAACCCUACUUUCCAGAAGCCUUCGCGCCCCUUCAUGCGCAUGAAGUACACUGACGCCAUUGACUGGCUCAACGCCCAGGAUCCUCCCAUUCCCAACGAGGAGGGCAACCCCCACGUCUUUGGUGACGAUAUUGCAGAGGCCGCCGAGCGCAAGAUGACUGACGCCAUCAACCGACCCAUCUUCCUUACCCACUUCCCCGUCGAGAUCAAGGCCUUUUACAUGAAGAAGGACCCCGCCGACCUGCGGGUGACUGAGAGUGUGGACUGCUUGAUGCCCGGUGUUGGUGAGAUCGUUGGUGGAUCCAUGAGAAUGGAGGGCUACGAUGAGCUGCUCGAGGCAUACAAGAAGCAGGGCAUUGACUCCAAGGACUAUUACUGGUACACUGACCAGAGAAAGUAUGGAACUUCUCCUCACGGUGGAUACGGUCUCGGACUCGAGCGUUUCCUUGCCUGGAUAGCCAACCAGCACACUGUCCGGACAACUUGCUUGUACCCUCGCUUCAUGGGUCGUUGCAAGCCUUAG